CGCGCGCUGAGACGGAGCGGCGAUGAGUGGCAGCGGGGAGCAGUCGUCGCUGGUGGUGGACAUGGGCCGCCGUCCUUCCCAGGAGACGGCGCGCCAGCCUGAGGACGACGCUGCCACCGCGCCCCAGUACUCUAUCGGGUACGUGCACCACACCGUGCACGCGGACAAGGUGCUCAUCAAGGUGCACCCGGGCUCUCAAGCCAUGCCCUCCGAGCCGAGCCACGCCACCAUGACGCUGACCUCGCGCAACCCGCAGACCAACCGCACCGAGGUGAAGCGGCUCCACUGCACCUACGAAGGCUGCACGCGCACCUACAGCACGCGCGGCAACCUGACCACACACCUGAAGAAGCACACAGGAGAGUACAACUUCGUGUGCACGGACCCCAGCUGCGGCAAGAUGUUUAUGACCUCGUACCGGCUCAAGGUGCACCUGCGCGUGCACUCCAAGCAGCGACCGUACGGCUGCAACAUAUCCGGCUGUCAGAAAACCUUCCGCACUCUGUACCGAUUGAACUCCCACAAACGCAUCCACGAAGGCACCACUUUCAAUUGUUCCGAACGGAACUGCCUCAAGUUCUUCACCACUUUGUCGGAUUUGAAGAAGCACAAGCGGACGCACACGGGUGAAAAGCCAUUCAGGUGCCCGCUGGCCGGCUGUUCUCGGGCUUUCGCGCUAGCCCACCACCUGCGCAGCCACGAGCGCACGCACGCCAAGCCGCGGCCUUACAGCUGUCGGCUGCCGGGCUGCACACGCCGCUUCCAUACGCGCUCCGCCCAGCGGCUGCACGCCGUGCGUCACCACCAGGGAGGGCUGGGGCCGACGCCGGGUGCCGCCGUCGACUGGGGCACGCCCAUCUUCCUGGAGGCGGCCGACGGUGGCGCGUCGGCCGACGGUAGCGUCAGUGGACAGCUGGACGCGGCCGCCGGGGCCGAGCACGCCUUGGAGCCGCCACCGCCGCCUCGUGAGCCGGAGCCAGGGAGCCCGGCCACCGCGCCACUGCCGCCUUCGCCGGUCCGCGAGCGGGAGGGGCAGGGGCCGGCGACGUCCGUGCUGCUCCGGGCGCUGACGGCCGUCGGUGAUGUGCCCGGCCUCACUGGGGGCCGCCGACACUGA